GGCUGUCAAAGCCCGGGGGGGAAUAACCCAAACACGGGGGUGAAUAACCCGCAUACGGAGGGGAAUAACCACAUACGGAGGGGAGGCGAGGACAAUCACUGCAAGAACACGUCCACGGGAGCGUGUGUGCAGGUGCUGACGUGCUGUAGUCCAGGGUGAGGUGACGUCGCUGCUGAGCCGCGGAUAAACGCUUCCUCCUUCCUUUUCCUAUUGCACCGGCUGCUGUCGGCCUUACAUCACUAUCGGCUGGUCGGGGAUGAACCACCGCCUUCCCCGGGGGGGCAGAGGGAUGCUGCGGCCCUGAACCAGCACGACCGCCCGGCUCCUCCCCCAGAUAACUGUUCCUGGAGGCGGCAUGGAGGAAAUCCUGAGAAAGCUCCAGAAAGAUGCGUCCGGCCACCGGCACAAAGGCGUGCGCGAUGCGUGCGGCUGCGCCUGCGACACGCUGGCGUCUCAGAACAGCUCAGCCAAGAUUUCCGCUUCACAACUUCGAGAGCGGUGUCUGCUGCCUCUGCAGAUGGCCCUGGAGUCAAAGAACACCAAACUGGGACAGACUGCACUGGCCGGCAUGCAGAAGCUCCUGUGUGACGACAGGUUUGUGGGCGGCGUCAUGGUGGAGGUGAUGGAGAAACAGCUGCUCAGCCAGAUGUUGGAGGCCAUCAGAGUCACCCCAUCCCUCCAUGAAGACCUGCAGGUGGAGGUCAUGAAGGUCCUGCUGUGCAUCACCUACUCACCAAACUUCGACAUCAACGGAGACUCCAUCCUGCGGAUUGCUCAGGUGUGUAUCGAGACCUACGUGUCCAGCUGUCACCAGCGCAGCAUCAACACGGCCGUGAGAGCCACGCUCAGCCAGAUCCUGGGAGACCUGACGCUGCAGCUGCGACACAGACAGGAGGGAGCAGAAGGAGACGAGCUGACUGCACCGCCUCUGCAGAGACGAGAUGUUUCUCCUACCAGCCAGGCUCUGUGUGACGAUGUGGUGACUGUCCUGACUGUCUUCUGUGAAAAACUGGAGUCAGUGGAAAGUGAUAAUCAGCUCCUGCAGCUGCUCUACCUGGAGUGUAUCCUUUCCAUGCUCAGCAGUUGCCCUCCCACAAUGCAUCUGUCCAGAGGUUUCACCGACCUUGUGUGGAAACAACUGUGCCCGUCCUUGGUGGCUAUCAUGGGAAACCCCGUCAAUGACAAAACCAUCACUUCUCAUCACGGCUACAUGGGAGCGCCGGACCGGGACCGGCUCUCGGAGAGAUUUGGUCAAGGCCUGAGCCAGGAGGUGGACUCCUUCAGCGGGGGGGUGUCGGACCAGGGCCGGGGGUCCGGCUGCUCCUCCAGCGCCCCCGCCAGGAUCGCCCCCGUGGUGCGAACGGUGUGUUACAUCGCAGCAGAGCUGGUGCGUCUGGUGAGCUGCGUGGAGUCCAUGAAACCGGUGCUGCAGUCGCUCUACCACCGGAUCCUGCUGUACCCGCCCCCCCAGCACCGGACCGAGGCCAUCCGCAUCAUGAAGGAGAUUCUGGGCAGUCCCCAGCGCCUGUAUGACCUGGCCGGACCUUGUGUCGUCGAGCCAGAGACCAGAAAACGCUCCUUCUCCAAGAGGAAGUCCCACCUUGACCUGCUCAAACUUGUGAUGGACGGGAUGACCGAGGCUUGUAUGAAGGGAGGCAUCGAGGCGUGUUACUCCUCUGUGUCGUGUGCGUGUGCACUCCUGAGCGCGCUGGAUGAACUCUCACAGGGCCGGGGCAUCGAGCGUGAGCAGGCUCGGCUUCUCCUCAGACGGCUGGACGACCUGAAAGAUGGAACAGAGUCGACGCGCGAGUCCAUGGAGAUCAAUGAGGCCGACUUCAGGUGGCAAAGACAGAUCCUGUCUUCGGAGCAGCCGCAGUGGGACGCCAGUUCCUCCUCCAACAUGGCCGCCGGCGGGCCCAACGAGCGCAGCCCCGACAUCAGCAUCAGCAUCACCACGGAAACGGGCCAAACCACUUUGGAUCUGGAGAUGGGGCACCUCGCCACGGCCACAGAAGAGUCCGGGGACGGUGCUGGCCUCCCCUCGCCGUCUUCCUCAGGCGGGCCAGAAGGAAACAAGCGCGAGCCGAGCAGGAGGCCGGAUAAGGGAGGGGAGAGGGAGGAGCAGGGAGGAGUCACGGGCCAGGCCGAAGGACGGGGAGAGAAAGGAAGGGCUGGAGGGGAGAGGGGAGGUGUAGUUCCUCCCGACGUGGUGCAGCGGAGUCACGCGCUCGUCUACCCGGACAUCACCAACUUCCUGUCUGUGGAGUCCAGGACAAAGUCGCACCACGGAGGAGGAUCACGAUACAGCGAGAGCAACUUCAGCAUGGAGGAGCAGGACCUGUCUCGGACAGAGUUUGACUCGUGUGAUCAGUACUCCAUGGCUGCGGAGAAGGACUCGGGCCGCUCCGACGUGUCCGACAUCGGCUCGGACAACGUGUCGCUGGCGGACGAGGAGCAGCAGACCCCCCGCGACUGCCCGGGCCACCGCUCCCUGCGCAGCGCCGCCCUGUCCCUCAAGCUGCUCCGCAACCAGGAGGCCGACCAGCAGAGUGCCCGGCUGUUCCUGCAGUCGCUGGCGGCGCUGCUGCCCCGCCUGCUGGGACUGAGCAGCGCCGCAGAGGUGGACCUGUCGCUGCAGAACUUCUCCUCCACCUUCUGCUCUGGACUGCAGGCUGGUGGGAUCCACUCUCCGGGUUUCGAGGCAGGCGACACUCUGAGCUGCCAGUCCCUGAUGAACGCCGACGGACUCUACCUGGUGUCGUACUACGCGCUCCUGCUCAACCUGAAACUCUGCUGCUGCGAUUACUACAGACGACGAGCACUCGCUCCCGUCCCCAGCCUGAAGGAGUUUGUGCAUCUGGUCCAGAGCAGCGGCGUCCUCGUGGUGCUGUCCCAGGCCUGGAUCGAGGAGCUGUACCACCAGGUUUUGGAGCGUAACCUGCUGGGGGAGGCCGGCUACUGGGGCUCCCCGGAGGACCGCGCGCUGCCCCUCAUCACCAUGCUGACAGAUAUCGACGGUCUGGGCAGUAGUGCGAUUGGCGGUCAGCUGAUCAGAAGGCCGGCGAGCAAACCCAUCGGCUGUGACAAGGAGGCCGGCGACACCGUGACUGCAGGAGCCGUGUUUUCUCGCUUCAUCCUCACCGGCGUGUGGAAGAACCUGAUGGACGUGCUGUCCACGCCGCUGACGGGCCGCAUGGCGGGCAGCUCCAAGGGCCUGGCCUUCAUCCUGGGGGCCGAGGGCCUGAAGGAGCAGAGCCAGAGGGAGAGGGACACCAUCUGCCUGAGUCUGGACGGCCUCCGCAAGGCUGCCGCGCUGAGCUGCGCCCUGGGCGUCGCUGCCAACUGUGCGUCUGCUCUGGCCCAGAUGGCUGCAGCCUCCUGUGUCCAGGAAGAGAAGGACGAGAAGGAGGCGGGAGAGACGGGAGACGCCAUCACACAAGUGAAGCAGCGCGUGGAGCAGCGUCUGGAGCAGAUGGGUCGUCCUCCGGGGGUCCGGCUGCACACGGCCCACGUGCUGUGCAUGGACGCCAUCCUGAACGUGGGUCUGGAGAUGGGCAGCCACAACCACGACUGCUGGCCACACGUCUUCAGGGUGACGGAGUACGUCAGCUCGCUGGAGCACACCCACUUCAGCGACGGCUCUCUGCAGCCGUCCUCCCUGACCACCAUCACCCAGCAGAGCCAGCAGGCCGUGGACCUGGGCCUGGAGCUGAGCUGCGAGCCCAGCACCGAGGCGGCCGAGCUGAGCCUGAGCCGACCCGUCAUCCAGCCGCUGUCCAUCCAGGAGCUGCUGAGGGAGAGCGGGCGGGGAGGCCGGGGGGGCCGCGGCCUGGACCUGAGGACCGGCAGCCUGAUGACGGGCAGCAGCGCCGCCAAGGCCGUGUGCACGCUGUCCACGCAGGCCGACAGGUUGUUUGAGGAAGCAGCCACCAAGCUGAACCUGGUGGCUCUGGUCGGGUUCCUGCAGCAGCUGAGGAAAGCAUCUCAGUCUCAGCUGUUCGACUCCGUCACCGAGACGGGCGACUAUUCACUGGCGAUGCCAGGAGAAGCCAAGUCGACGCUGGAGCGGCGCAGCGCUCUGCACCUGUUCCGCAUCGGCGAGGCCAUGCUGCGGAUCGUCCGGAACAAGAACCGGCCCCUGCUGCACAUGAUGAGGGCCUGGAGCGUCGUGGCCCCGCACCUGGUGGAGGCUGCGUGUCACAAGGAGCGCCACGUCUCCCAGAAGGCCGUUUCCUUCCUCCACGACGUCCUGACGGAGGUGCUGACGAGCUGGGCGGAGCUCCCGCACUUCCACUUCAACGAGGCGCUCUUCAGGCCUUUUGAGCACAUCAUGCAGCUGGAGCUCUGCGACGAGGACGUCCAGGACCAGGUGGUGACGUCGAUAGGCGAGCUGGUGGAGAUGUGUUCCCCACAGAUCCUGUCGGGGUGGAGGCCUCUGUUCAGCGCUCUGAGGACCGUGCACGGCAGCAAGACAGAGACUAAAGACUACCUGCUGGGGGAGUACUCCAUGGGGAAGUCCCAGGCGCCGGUGUUUGACGUCUUCGAGGCUUUCAUCAACACAGACAACAUCCAAGUGUUCGCCAACGCCGCCACCGAUUACAUCAUGUGCCUCAUGAAGUUCGUCAAAGGCCUGGGAGAGGUGGACUACAAAGAGAUCGGAGACUGCGUUCACGUGUCUGGUUACAGCUCCACUGACCUCUGCCUGCCGGCUCUCGACUACCUUCGCAAAUGUUCCCAGUUAUUGGCCAAGAUCUACAAGAUGCAAUCCAAGCCGGUGUUCCUGGGGGCUCGGCUCGCCAGCCUGCCCAUGAGAUCGCAGGAGCGCUCCAUCAGCAGCGAGGACGGGAUCGACUGCAUCCUCCAGGAGUUUGAUGAUGACACAGGUCUGAUCCAGGUGUGGACUCUGCUGCUGGAGCAGCUCACGGCAGCCGUGUCCAACUGCCCCCGGCAGCACCAGCCUCCCACCCUGGAGCUGCUCUUCACCCUGCUCAGAGAGGUCACCUCUGUACCAGGUCCGGGUUUUGCCAUCUUCUGCGUCAUCCAGCUGCUGCUUCCUGUGAUGUCACUGUGGCUGCAGCGUAGCCAUGGCGACCACUCUUACUGGGAUGUGGCAGCAGCAAACUUCAAACACGCCAUCGGUCUUUCGUGUGAGCUGGUGGUGGAGCACGUCAACAGUUUCAUACACUCAGAUAUCGGAUACGAGUCGCUGAUCAACCUGAUGUUGAAGGAUCUGUUCAAGCUGCUGGUGGCGUGUGUGUCUGAACCCACAGAGACCAUCUCCAGAGUGGGCUGCUCCUGCAUCAGGUAUGUGUUGGUCACUGUGGGUCCAGUGUUCACAGAGGAGAUGUGGAGGUUGGCCUGCUGUGCUCUGCAGGACGCUUUCUCUGCCACGCUGGAGCCUGUGAAGAACCUUCUGUCGUGCUUUCACAGCGGCUCGGACAGCUUUUCUGGAGACGCCUGCGAGGUGAAGGUGGCGGCUCCGUCUCAUUCUCCGUCAGCUGAGGCGGAGUACUGGAGGAUCAAAGCCAUGGCCCAGCAGGUCUUCAUGUUGGACACGCAGUGCUCUCCAAAGACGCCCAACAACAAGGACGGCUUUGAGCACGCUCAGUCCUGCGUGCUGAUCAUCGAGCUGCCGUCCGACCAGCAGUCCAACGGACACGCUCAGAAGAGGAUCCCGUUCCGGACCAUCGUGGUGAGCCUCCUCUCCCACCAGGUUCUCCUUCAAAACCUCCAUGACAUCCUGCUGGAGGAGUUCGUCAAGCAGCCCGAAGGCAACGAAAGGGUCACGCCAGUGAGCUCGGACCCCGGCAGACCCAGCGCGGGCUUCCUGCGCUACAUUUCCAUGACCAAUCUAGCCAUCAUUCUGGAUCUGCUGCUGGACUCUUACAGGACGGCGCGGGACUUCGACACUCGGCCGGGUCUGAAGUACCUGCUGAUGAAGGUGUCGGGCGUUUGUGGAGCCGCCAAUCUCUAUCGGCAGUCAGCCAUGAGCUUCAACCUGUACUUCCAGGCUCUGCUGUCGGCCACGCUGAGCCAGGCCGAGAGCAUGACCGCGCAGCAGGUGAAGAGGAUCUUGUAUGAAGAAGAGGAGGGGAGCUCGGACUCCUCUCAGCCUGGAUCUGCCUCCUCCGAGGAUGAAGACAUCUUUGAGGAAACAGCACAGGUGAGUCCUCCUCGAGGCAGAGAGAAGCGGCAUCAUUGGCGAGCUCCCGUCCCGUCGCUCAGCGUGCAGCCGCUGGGCAGCGCCGACUGGGCCUGGCUGGUGAAACGGCUGUACAAGGUGUGCGUGGACCUGUGCAACAGCUACAUCCAGAUGCACCGGGACCUGGAGAGCUCGCUGGAGGAGACGGCGCUGCUCAGAGGAGCCGCGGGCGGAGGGGGGGAUCACGUCUUCCUCCUGCCUCUCUUCCCGUCUGAGACCUCCACGCCAACGUCAGCGGGCGGGCUGUCGGCCCGGGGCACGCCCUCCGAGGAGGGCGGGUGUCAGGGGGCCGAGCUGAGCGCCACGUCGCCAGGAGACACACUCACACCCAGUCCAAGAUACAGCUUCACGGGCAGCCUGCCCCACCACUUCCGCUCCGGAGAGAGGAGGGACUCCACUCUGACCGGGAGUUCCUGCCCCGUUGGGCCCGGACGAAGAAAGGAAUGGUGGGAGAGCGCCGGCAACAAACUGUACACCAUUGCUACAGAUAAAACCAUCAGUAAGCUAAUGAUGGAGUACAAACGCAGGAAGCAGCAGCAGCCGCCGCCGCAGCUGCAGCAGCAGCAGCCGCAGCAGCAGAGCCACGUCAACCUGUACAUGAAGGAGCAGGGCCGGACAGCGGCGGCGGGGGGAGGAGGAGGAGGAGGAGGAGGAGGAGGAGGAGGAGGAGGAGGCCAGGGGGCCCCCGGGGCAGAGAGGAGGGGCCCGCCGGACCCCCGGGGGCCUCCACAGAGACCCCAGCAGCUGCUGGACCAGCAGGGACCCGCCCUCAGGCACUCGGUCAGCGCGGGGCCGGAGGUCCUGAGGCAGGAGAAACGGCCCCGGUCCGGAUCCACCAUCAGCUCCCACAGCGUCUCCCUCAGGGACUCCGAGGCUCAGAUCCAGGCGUGGACCAACAUGGUCCUGACUCUGCUGAACCAGGUGCUGCUGCUGCCGGACGGCUCCUUCCUGGCGCUGCAGCCGGCGCUCUACCCCUGCCUGAGCCAGCUGUCCUGCCACGUGACCGACGCCCGCGUCCGCCAGGCGCUGCGCGACUGGCUCGGCCGGGUCGGCAGGCUCUACGACAUCAUCAUGUGAGGACAACGCAAGGAAACAAACGAUCGGUGACGGAUGUCAGCACAGCAGACGGGGAGGAAGCUACUUUAUGACAUUAUCUGGUCGUGAUGAGACCAAUGUGUUACGAGAAACGAGCGCUUGGAAUGGUUUAUUUGUGGACGCCAAAACAUGAAAGAAGACAGGCGCACCCAAAUCUGAUUUGAGGAAUCGCUUCUAAUUUUGCCACAAUAGUGUCAUGUCGUUCAGUAUAAUCAUGACCUGCGUUGGCAAUAAAGGCUCAGUGGGUCGCAGGUGUUUCAGUGGCGUUUGUGGUGUGACGUUUCCACGUGCAUCGCUGCAUUUCUCGGAUCCCCAAAUGUCGGAGGGGUAAAUGAGUUCUUUUCCAGCUUUUGGUUUAAGAUGUUUCUCCUGAAUGUUUAUCUUGUCGUCCUGUGCAAGUGUUUCGAUGUGCUUGCAGAGCAUGAGUCCCAGACAAAGAGAAACCGGCCCAUUUGCUCCACAGCGCCACUAGUGGUUGAGAACUAAAUAGGGAGGAAAAUAUCCAUGGGGUGCCUUUAAGGAAAAGCUGAGUUGUAUGUUCUCCACCUUUUAGCCACCGCUGCCACCACCGGUGGCAGAAAGAACUGGUCUGAAAGACUUUCAGAGAUCACUGGACUCAUAAAUCCCCGUUUCAAAUGAAGUCACAGCAUUAAUAUCUGCAAACUGCAAGGGUUUUUAUUUUCUUUCUUCAGAAUCUGGGCGAGGCAUCACAUCCAGAGGACACUUAUUUAUAUUUAAUCCGAUUGUAUGUGAAUGUUUCCCCUUGGUUGAGGAUUAUCUAAAUUCAGCUUUAAAUGUCCUGCAGCCUCGUCCGCUCACUUGCCGGAACACUGAAUGAAUGUCUGUUAUUAAGCCAUGAACACUGGAGUAUUUAUUUUAAACAAAUGCAACAUGUAGUGUGAGCAUUUUGAUGUUUAAUGCCUGUUAUGUUGUGCACAUGUAUUUAUGUGAGUUCUGUCUUAAUUUAAAGGUUUCUUGUGUCUCUAAGAAGAUUUUUAUCUCUUUGUGAGAUUUUUUUUUUUGUCUGCUGGGGCUUCAUCUGCAUCUGGGUUCACGUCACUGGAGAGUUCAACAUCCUAAUUUAACAUGGAACCAAAUACAACCCAACGAUGCAAGUGGAUAGUCCUGUUUUUCUUAAAUCAAUUUGUCAAUUAAGUAAUCUUUCUAAUGCAAGAAAAUUGAGCAGUUAAGGUUUUUAGCUGUAAUGCCUGCUGUUUUGAAGUGAAAGUAAUCAAAACUCUUCAAAAAGAAACUAACUUAAACUUCAGCGUUACCUUUGACAGCAGAAUAUCUGGUAUUUUUGUCAUAACUGCUGGAUGGAACUUUGCUAUUGAUGUUCUCGUUGGACCAAAGCUUCAAAGUGUAAAAAUAA